AAUAUCUUCAUAAUCGCCAUGCCUUCGGGUACUGUGGGGGGGGCGUUGAGGCAAGGCAACCAGCCCCAUCAAUCACCCGGCCCUCAUUCCUCGUAAUUCGCUCACAUAGCACACUUACCGAAAAGCCUGCGAAUUUGUAGACGCACUACCAUCAACCGCCGAGCCUAGGUACCCUCUACACUUGAAAAUAUUAGUUGAUUACGUAGAUGGGACAUUCUAUUUAGUACGGACUACCGUUCUACUCACACUUUCCCAAAGAUUCGCGACCCUCUAGAAUGGCUUGGUCUAAUCCCCGAAUAUCUCAAGAUACCCAUACUAUGGGAACCGAAGCAGCUCCACGGCUAACAGAUAUGAUACCGCUCUCUCGGGAAAACAGAGUGCAUUCCCUGGUCUCCUUUUUUUCCUUUUCUUUUGCCGCAUCUGUAUUCUGUGAAGCACAAAAUAUUGAGCUCCACCACAGUAUUAACAUUAUUAGCCUGAAUAGGUCAAGCUGACAGGUGCAGCCCCCUAUAGGGAAUGCGGAGAGGAUGUGGAGGGUGUGGGAUGGUUGUCGGUCGCAGCUACGUGCUUUUCCCCCGGCAACCUCCAAACCUGGGGUAAUGGGGAAAAAGGGACCAGCUACGAGUGAUGCGUGUGUCUUGGCGCCUCCCCCCCCCCGAGUCCUUUCGGCACUUACGAGAUUUCCCAUCCGCUGACACCCAUGUAAAGACGUCGUGCCCUUCGGUCGCAUGGGCAGCUGUGGGAAUGCCAGAAGACCACUCCCCUUCCUCUUCCUCUUCUCUUCCCUCACUCACCGCGUGUCGUCCCUCUCCUAGACAACAACGACGUGCUGAAGUGGUAAAGGGAAGAAAAACGAUGGCGGUGAUCAGAGAUGACGAGACUAUGCGCCAGCAUUGGCGGUGUUUUGUAGCCUGUGGGCUCAUGGUCCUCUCGCCAUUUCAAUAUGGUAUCGAUUUCGGUCUGAUAGGCGGUCUUCAGGCUAUGCCAGGGUUCCUCAUGAUCUACGGCCAUCCAGCACCCGACACACCGACAGGCUGGAACAUUUCGACCGUUCGACAGCAGCUGAUCACGUCGCUCAUGACUCUCGGGGCCUUCGUCAGCUCUGGGACGGCCGGCUUGGUUGCCGCCAGGCUCGGACGGAAGGCCUGCCUGUGGUUGGCUUGCCUGGGCUGUGUGGUCUCGAACGUUAUCAUGAUGGCUACAACUGACAUCAAUGCUCUGUACAUCGGACGCCUGCUCAAUGGGUUGGCGAAUGGAUACUUCAUGACCUUUUCCCAGCUUUUCAUACAGGAGAGUAGCCCGGCCAAGUACCGUGGCUUGUUCCUCACCGCGUUCCAGUUUUGCACCUCCUUCGGCACCUUGAUCGGUACGAUUGUGGAUUGGGCAACGGCAGGUCGACCUGAUAAAUCCUCUUAUCUCAUUCCUCUGGGGCUGAUUUACGUGAUCCCUUUCUUCCUCGGCGUCGGCUUACUCUUCAUCCCCGAGUCUCCCCGCUGGUUAAUCUUGAAAGGCAAGCUCGAAGAGGGCCGGAAGUCGCUAGAGUGGCUCAGGCCGACUGGCGCACACGUCGAUAUUGAGGUAGCCGAGAUCAAGGCGGCGAUCGACAAGGAGCGUGAGAUAGGUAGCCAAGUUAGCGUCCUCGACAUGUUCAGGAACCCUGUCGACAGGAGGCGUACGGUCCUCGCGGUCUGCGGUGUGACGUUGCAGGCUGCCACCGGGUCCAUGUUCAUUAUCUCGUACAAGGCGUAUUUCUUUACGAUGGCCCGCGUAGCAAAUCCUUUUGCCAUGGGCUGUGUUCUCAGUGCCAUCGGUCUGGUAGCCAUCAUCCUCAACUCCUUGAUCGUCAUACGCUACGGGAGACGUCGCGUGCUUCUCAUGGGCGGCCUUACGAUUUGCGGUAUUCUCCAGUUGAUUGUCGCCGUUGUCUACGACAAGAACCCCGGCGCGAAGGCUACUGGAGAGGUCUUGGUUGCGCUAUCGUGUCUUUACAUGAUGAGUUACAACGGCAUGGUUGCAACUUACGCCUGGCUUAGCGGGGGCGAACUGCCGUCUCAGCGAUUGCGUAGCUAUACGUUCGGGCUGGCGGCUGCGGUGGCAUUCUUCGCCGCGUGGCUCACGACCUUCACGGCACCUUAUUUCAUCAAUCCGAACUCGCUGAAUUGGGGACCGAGAUACGGUUACAUCUGGUUCCCCAGCUCCAUCGUUGCCGCGUUAUGGGUUUAUUUCUUCCUCCCCGAAGUACAAGGCCGCACGCUCGAAGAGAUCGACGAGAUGUUCGAAGAGAGACUCCCGGCACGAAAAUUCAGAGGGUACACGUGUGUGCGCCGGCUUGCUAUGGAUGAGAAACCCGGGGCGCAACAUGAAGAGUAGAGAAAGCAUCGGACGCGUCCGCAGCAUCUUGAAGCGUGGCAUUGAGGGGAUAGGGACGAAUCAAUUCGUGGCGAAACGUGGGUUCAGUUAAGCCUUACCUACCGAUAAACCUAUUGAAUUCCAACCCUCGGCCGCAGUGUCUACGUUCCUGAACAGGUUCAUUCCAUGUUCUAUGACCUCUACGCCCUUCAUGAUAUUAUCCACGUCUGGCACAUAGGUACCGUGAGCUGUGCCGAGCCUGGCCGUGUCUAUCUUGCAAUUCUUUAUUUUCAAAGACUGGUCUCGCCCCCUAAGCUAAAUUGCGCAGUACUCUACCUCCGAAAACCACAGUCUUGGGGCCGCGAUAGGUACUUGGAGACCUGUAGGUACGCAGGCCACUGAGAGGAGCCCCUUUAACCUACCUAAGAUAUCUUCUAAAGCUGCUUCGGUUGAAUGCAACAUACCUAAGGAGUUCUCGCCAAUAUUUAAUUUUACGGAAAUUCGAUAUAGCUCUCGGGUCGUGUUGAUACGUGGUGAAAUGUUCAUGUUCACCGAUGGUAGAAGGCGUCGAAAAAUACUUUUAAAUACUUGCAUGGUGUAUCGAUCGUGGAGGCAG